AGAUUGAGAUGUGUGUUUGGAGUUUGGAGAGCAGAGAGGAGGGCUCAACUAGAUUAGCUGGAGGCAGAAAAUGGAAUAAAUUCAAUUAUUUUGAAAAAAAGGGAACAAAUGAAAGCACUGAUGUUGAAAGACUUAAAGAGUAAACUUUCAAGCUGAGUGCUCUCUUUCAAAUGCUCUGGAAUGUGUGUCCCUGACCACCUGUCCUGCUGUCGGAAUGACUAUGCCAUUAAGCCCACUGUCCAGUGAUGAGGAUCACAAAAAUUUUGUUGACUUCCCUGAGGAAGACGAAGAGGAAGAGGGUGACGGGGGUGAAGGACCUGUGUCAGACAGUGAGGAGGAAGAGGUGCCACACAAUCAAUCAGGGAGGGGUCAACAGCUACCCCAAACAACUAGUGGAAGAACAUCAGGAGGAGGAGGGGGAGGAGUGGCUAAUCCUCAUAUUUCAAACCCCACAUCAAACUCAAACCCCAACCCCAGCUCUGCUCACAGCAGUAAAAAUCCACACACUGGAACUGGGGGAGGUAACCCAGGUGGGGGAAGGAGACUGAGAGAUCGUAGCCUUUCUACAGCCCCUUCUUCUGACGACACCCAUUUCAGUAUGAUGGUCUUUCGAAUUGGAAUCCCAGACAUCAAACAGACGAAAUGCCUACGGUUCAAUCCAGAUGCUACCAUUUGGACUGCCAAACAACAGAUUCUUUGCACACUGAAUGAAAGUCUCAAAGAUGUCCUAAACUAUGGGCUCUUUCAACCAGCUACCAAUGGACGAGAUGCCAAAUUCCUGGAGGAGGAGCGUUUACUACGCGAGUACCCUCAGUCAUUUGAAAAGGGGGUGCCCUACCUAGAGUUCCGCUAUAAGACGAGGGUCUACAAGCAGACAAAUCUGGAUGAGAAGCAACUGGCCAAGCUACACACCAAGGCCAGCCUGAGGAAGUUUCUUGAUCAUGUUCAGACUGGCAAUGUGGAAAAGAUGGCAAAAUUCCUGGAUAAGGGGCUUGACCCCAACUAUCAUGACUCUGAUACUGGAGAGACACCUCUGACUCUAGCAGCGCAGUCUGAACUUGGGUGUGCUGGCCUUCGAGUGCUCUGCUUAGGAGGAGCUCAUAUUGAUUUCAGGGCACGGGAUGGAAUGACAGCCCUGCACAAGGCAGUACGAGCUCACAAUCAUAGUGCUUUGCUGGCUUUACUUGAUCUUGGAGCAUCUCCCAAUUACAAAGAUCGUCGUGGUCUUACACCACUUUAUCACUCUGCAAUGGUUGGGGGGGAGACAAUGUGCUGUGAGAGCUUGCUGUACCAUCGUGCAAAGAUUGGAAUACAGGAUGAGAAUGGCUGGGAGGAGAUUCACCAGGCCUGUCAAAAUGGACACGCACAACACCUGGAACACCUGCUGUUUUAUGGAGCAGACUCCAGUAGCCAAAAUGCAUCAGGCAAUACAGCCUUGCACAUAUGUGCACUGUAUAAUAAGGAGAACUGUGCACGGAUUCUCCUGUACCGAGGAGCCAAUAAGGAUAUGAAAAACAACAAUGGGCAAACACCAUUUCAAGUGGCUGUCAUAGCCGGGCACUUUGAACUCGGAGAGAUCAUAAAGAAUCACCAAGAUUCAGAUGUAGUUCCUUUUUUGGAAUCACCUAAAUAUGCACCUCAGAGGAAGGAAAGUGGAAGAACACUGUCAAUCCCACAUCCUCUGCUCCGAGCCAACAGCGACAAUAGCCUUAAUCUACCUGACUGGAUGGUUUUCCCAGGCAGCACAGGACAGCCAACCAUUGCUACCACUGCUGUGUCUAUACAGGGUUAUAAAUCUGGAGGGACUAUUAGGAGCUCAAGCAGUCCUAGGGGUGCCAGAAACCGCUCCCCAUCACGUGGCAGGGGAGGCCCUGAAGAAGGAAGAAGACAGACUAGAGGCAGACAAGGACCAAUGGGUAGUAAGGAAUCUUCCAGUAAUGCAACAGGAACUGCUAACAGCAGAGCUACUGGCCUUCAAAGAAGAAAGCUAUACAGCGCCGUUCCUGGGCGCUUAUUUGUGGCAGUAAAAUCUCACCAGGCUCAAGGAGAGGGUGAGCUCUCCUUCAGUAAGGGAGACAGAGUAAAAGUUCUAAGCAUUGGUGAAGCUGGCUUCUGGGAAGGUACUACUAGGGGCCGUACUGGUUGGUUUCCAUCUGAGUGUGUUGAAGAAGCUGCAGUGAAAACUCAGGAUUCAAGACAAGAAAGCCGAAGUGAGAAAGCCAAGAGACUGUUUCGCCAUUACACUGUGGGUUCUUACGACAGCUUUGAUGCCCCAAGUGAUUACAUCAUCAAAGAAAAAACAGUUUUGCUGCAGAAGAAGGAUAGUGAAGGGUUUGGAUUUGUGCUACGAGGAGCAAAAGCUCAAACUCCUAUUGAAGAGUUCACUCCAACACCAGCAUUUCCUGCCCUGCAGUACCUGGAAUCUGUUGACGAAGGAGGUGUGGCCUGGAGAGCAGGGUUAAGAAUGGGAGAUUUCCUGAUUGAGGUGAAUGGACAGAAUGUGGUUAAAGUUGGACACAGGCAAGUUGUGAACAUGAUUCGUCAAGGAGGCAACAACCUGCUGGUCAAGGUCGUGAUGGUAACACGUAAUCCAGACAUGGAAGAAGCAUCUCGAAAAAAGAUCCCCCAACAAACAAAGAGGCUGACACCACCAGCAAUUGCACUGCGCUCCAAAUCAAUGACCUCAGAGCUUGAAGAGAUGGCCUCCCCAUGGAAAAAGAAGACAGAUUAUGAUUCCACCCAGGUAACAGAGAAGAAGAGAACUGUCUAUCAGAUGGCCUUGAACAAACUGGAUGAAAUAUUAGCUGCUGCCCAACAAACAAUAAGCACCAAUGAAAGUUCUGCAUCAAGAAGCCAUGUAUCAGCCAGUAAGCGUGAAAGAGCAGCAGGACGAGGUUUCUUUACAGCAGAGCCCAGCUUUGAUCAAUCAGCCCUUGGAAUUAUGCAAUCAGGUGCAGGAGUUUCCUACGAAAGACCUUCUUUUCUGUCUGGGCAUCCUCAUCACCCUGGUAUGAUGUUACGACAAAAAUCCAUUGGAGUUCCUGAAGAAGAGAAGCACUUCCUCACUCCACCACCAAUGAAAUUUGCCCGUAGUCUCUCUGUCCCUGGCCCUGAAGAAAUACCACCCCCUCCCACCACAGCACCCCCUGAACCACCCUAUACUCCUGGACCUCCAACAGGCUGGGGAGGUCCUGGAGGAGGUGGCGGUGGUGGUGCUGCUGGAGGAGGAGCAGGAGGUGGAGGACAACAGAUAUCAUCGCACCAACAUCAGCAACCACAGCAACAUCAACAACAUGUAUUUCCUCAAUAUUCACAUCAUAUGCAGGCACAGUUCCACCAGCAACCCCAGUCACACUCACAGCAGCAGGCACAACAAAUAGGACGAAAUCAAGCUCUUUUGUUUCACCAGUCUCAACAACAGUCAGGAGAUUCUAAACCUCAUCCUUCCCGUAUUAGAGGACCAAGUGUCUAUCAGCCAGAAUCCAGCAUAGGUGGCAAAUUCCAGCCCACACCAGUAGAACGUGAAAGGUUACGUCGAGCUUACAGUAAUGCUCCUGCUCCAAUCAGCAGUCAGCAAACUCCCCAUUCUGCUGUGUCUACAUCUACUACAAGUGGAGGGCGGCCACCUUCAGGCCAUGCAAGUAGCACCUCUCCAGCAGUCCAGACACAACCAGCAGCUGCAGUUUAUGCUCAGCCCUCAAAGCCAUCACGUCGCAAAGGCCAGCUUGUCAAGCAAUCAAAAAUAGAAGGAGAUAAGCAAACACAGCAAAUUCAACAGCAACAAAAAAAGCAGCAAAUCACUCAGCUUAGCCAGGAAAAAAGUUCAAUCCCCAUUCCAACAAUUAUUAUUAAGGCCCCAUCCACAAGUAGCAGUGGGCGCAGCAGUCAAGGUAGUAGUAUGGAAGCUGACGCUCAGACAGAGCCUUUGCCAGCUCUGCAAGCUCAAGAAGGCAUGGAUUUUACAAGUCAGUUUGGUGCAGCCAUUGUUGGGGCUGCUCGCCGUGACCGGGAGCGAUUCCAAGAAGCUCGUCGUAAAUCUUCACUUUUCCUCUCUACAGAAGAAGAACAAGGGCCACCUUUAACACCAACUCCCAGAUUAAGACCUUCAAAAUCUAUAGAUGAAGGGAUGUUCUCAGGAGAAACCUACCUUCAGCAAGUACGUAGUAUGCCCCCUACAUUUGGUCUGGCAGCCUAUUCAGCUCCCAGUGAAUACAUUGCACCUGCUCAGCCAAAAUCUAUGCCUUCAGAGUUUUAUAAUACAUCAGGAGCAAGUUCAACUUCACGUUCCAUGCAGAAAACUACUGCAUUUAUUCACCCCUUAACUGGUAAGGUCUUAGAUCCAUCUUCACCACUAGGGCUGGCACUAGCAGCUAGGGAAAGGGCAUUAAAGGACCAGUCUUCAACAGCUGGUAUCUCUCAGUCUUCUCACAGUAGUCUUGAAGAAAGGAGGAGAAGAGAGAGAGCUGUGGGAUUGGGGUCUACCCCACCUUCCUACAUGGUGUCUGCUUCUUCCAUAUCAUCAACUGCAAUGUCUCAUGCUGGCAGUAAUGUGUCUACUACUACAAGACCACCAUCACCAAGAUUCUUUGGGAAGGACAGAAUGGCUGGAUGGGGAAGAGAAGGAGAAAGAAGGGACAGCACAGAUAUUGACGGAGCAGGAUCAGUAGAAAAGGAACGUGAUAGCAGGGUUGAAUAUAGAGUUCGCUUUUCUGAAGAUCCAGACACCCACCAGCAGCAAAGACAGCAUCACACAGCACCUGACGGCUCUACCCAUAUGGAUCGAGGGCCUAUAAUACAAACCAACACUUCUGAAAAAGGAUUUCCUGCAGUGCAAAGUGGGAGGAGGCCCUCAUACUCCAACAAUGGAUUUAUAGAAGAAGGAGUUUCUGAUACAGGUCUAGGGCUUCUUGUUCUACCUCCGCCAGCUCCAUCUGUUGAUGUUGAUGAUGAAUUUGUUUUUGCAGACCCUUUGCCACCUCCUUUGGAAUUUGCCAACAGUUUUGACAGAGGUGGAGGAGUAAACAGUUUUAGCAACAGCCAUGACAAAUCUGGGAAUGUUGGACUAGAAAGAGAAAGGCAGACACAAAUGUCCUCAUCACUUUCUCAGACCUCUCACACCAACUUAUCUUGCUUGCCUGGGUUGGGGAACUUGGCACCUACUAUUCCUCCACCUCCUCCCCUACCCUUAACACUUCCCUUAUCCCGGGAUGCCAUAAAUAAUAGUCAACCACCUCUUCCUUCACCUUCCUGCCCACCCACCCCACAAACAGCUGAUUCUACCACCUCAAGCUUGACCUCAUAUGACAGUGAGGUGGCUAACCUCACCCAGGCUGGCCCAUCUUGUUCUGCUUCUGCUGUUAUUUCAACCACAGCUGCAACACCACCUGUAUCUACACACAUGGGAACCUCAGCUUCCUCUACACCAGCGUCACCCCCAAUUCGUCCACCAUCAUCCUCAGAGAGAGGAGCACAUGUGAACUUCUCUGAUGUAGUUUGCUCUAUUAGAAUUCCACCUUCAGACCCUAUGGACACAGUAACAGAUUCUGGAAUUGAAGAAGUAGACAGUCGAAGUAGUAGUGACCACCACUUGGAGAAUACUAGCAGCGUGUCCACUCUCUCUAGUCUCUCGAUUGAAGGUCUAGGAAGCACUGGUGGAAGCACUGGUGGCAGUGAAUUACUAGAUACAUAUAUUGCUUACCUGGAUGGACAGUCGUUUGAGCUAGACAAGCCUCCUUUUCCAACACAUCCCCAGAAAUUGCGUUCCAGGCCUUAUGGCCUUGGAAGGCCUCUAUCAGCAAUCCGUCACUCUCCAACAGACACAAACGAAUCUGCCACACGAAGAGACUCCUCCUCUGAAGGGACAGUAACAACAAAUCCAGGGCUAUUUGGUGAUCGUCCAAAGACGCCUGAGCGCAAGCAGUUGUGGGGGCCACAGCCAGGAGAUGAUCAGACACCCAGCCCCUACUUCCAACCACCAGGAAAAGGACCUCCACUCUCUAGUAUGAAGGCCAGUAUCAUCAGUGAGCUUAGCAGCAAGCUACAGCAAAUGUCAGGAGAAAGCUGGAACCGGUCAUCUAUGGAAUCUGCUGGAGGGUCAACAAGUUCAAUUGGGUCACAAAAAGUCCUCAGUACCAGUAGGCAAAGGCUCUCUGAAGACUCCCCUACACUGAGUCCUCCUCAGAAACAGUCACCCUCACCUUCCCCUCCUCCCCAGCCCACAGCCCACUUUCAGAACUGGGGCAAGUCAUCUUCUCAGUCCCCAACAUCUCAAAUACCACCACCCAAUCCCACAUCUCCCUCUCAGUCACCCCAGUUUCACCAUUACCCUCCCUCACCCAAACAUCAUCAUCAGCACCCAAGGAACAAAGCGUUGGAAUUUGAAAUUAUGAGAGGAGGGUCUGCGGACCGAAUGGGUAGCCCUCAGCGCCGCAGAGCCCCCAGCCCCUUGAUAUCUCCUACAGAACGUCCCAAAAUUAGUCCUCCUCGCCCUUCGUCCCUCCCUAUUCUUCCAACAACCCCCAUGUACACAGGAGUUUUUGACAUUAGGGGCUCUCCAACCUCUUCACCUUCAAAUGCCAUGGCUGAUUCUUAUUUUUCUCAUUCCCCUCCUUUAUUUUCUCAUUCUGGGGGUCCGGGCACUUCUCCUUUAUCUUCAAUGGUAUCUCGUUCCCUAUCUCCAACACUCUUCCUGUCCGGCGCAAGUACUGGAUCUGGUCUACCUUUUCCUCCAAACAAGCCCUUUGCAAACAAACCACUACCAUAUUGGACAAAAUUUGAUGUGGCUGACUGGCUAGAUUAUCUGAAUCUUGGAGAACAUCGUGAACAUUUCUUGGACAAUGAAAUUGAUGGAACUCAUCUACCCUCUCUCACCAAGGAUGACUACUUUGACCUGGGAGUGACCCGGGUUGGGCACAGGAUGAAUAUCGAGAGGGCCCUUAAAAGAAUCCUGGAAAGGUGAUUAUCAGUUACCUAUCUGAUAUCACCAGUAAUAAUAUUUUAAAAUAAUUCAAAUUUCUUGGAAGAAAGAAGGUUAAGGUUUUUUUUUUUCAAACUUCCAUACAUGUUAAUUACCAUUCUCUUAACUAAUAUUGACGGACAUCUGUGAAUAUGAAAUGUGAAAUAAGUUGUCAGUGUACAAGGAUUCAAUGAAUGCCUGCUUGGGGCAAAUAUGUGCUUUGAAUGCUGUGAGAAAUGUCCAUAUGUUCCUCAGUUAAAUUAGUAGAAAUAAAACAUUAUCAAGUAAUUUAAGCUGAUGUCAACAAAUGAAAACUGAAACUUUAAAGUUAACAGCUGCAAAAUGAUAAAAUAUGAAACAAUUUUUAGUGGUACCUGUAUCUGCUGGUAUCAGCAAAUAUUAAUAUUAACUUUUCUGUGGAAUAUGUGAAUUUUGAAUUCCAGGGAAGGCUAGCAUUUAAACGAUAUAAUGAACAAACAAAUGUAGAGUGGCAACAGCAGAUAGUUUAUAUUGUAACAGAUAGGAAAAAGCAAGUUCUAGAUAUAUGUUUAAUCUAGUUCUGAAAGAUAUAAUGAGUCCUCCAUUUAACAGAAAUCAAUAUGUAGUCAUGCAUUUAUAAACUAGUAAAAAGGAAAAUCAAUUUGAGUAAAGUGCUAUAUGUUUUCUUUCAAUACUCAGAAAGGAUCAGUGAAUAGCAUUGUCAUCAAGGAAAGACAAGCACAGCAAGUUCCUUCACUGUGUUGGUCAUGCCCUACUGCAGAAUAUCAUUGCAUAAUGGCUUGAGAUCCUUGAUAAGAUCAACGCUUCAGAGGCUGCUAGUAAUUCUAAUUGCCAUCUACUGUACUUUGAUCCCAGAUUGUUCAUUUAUCAGCUCCUGCUUAAAAUGGGAAAAUAUAUCCUGCAAUUGUUUUAUCCUAGAAUAUUUCCUAGUGUUUUUCUUGUAUUGCAGCCCUUUUAAAGCUGCCAUAGAACCAGAACUAUAUAUUUUUCAGCAUUAUAAAGUUAAUACAGUGUUGCAAUUAUGAGUGAUUAAAUAUUACAUUAAAAUAUGUAAUCAAAAAAGUAUCAAACCAGUAACACCUAUUAAUAUCCAUGGUAAAAAUGAAUAACACUUAUUGAUACCAAAGAAGUGAAAAUGUUUGUGGAGCAAGGCCACUCAAUCAGUUCCAUUCCAUAGUAUUAAGACUGUCAGCACUUCCAGUACAUCUUUUGAUAUACUGUAUUUACAAAAAUGCCAUUAUAUGCAUGUCUGCAUGCAAUAUUUGUCAGACUCAAUCCAUUUCUAAGGCAGUGUGGCUGCACCUUAUAGCCUUUUGAUAAUCUAGGGAGUUACU